CAGAGCUUUCAGACUCUGCUGUUGGGUCCCGGUGCCUGUGUCUGUUAAGGUCUCCAGCCAGUGCCUGCGGAACUCAGUCCCGCGCCUUGGCCCCUCGGCCCCUCCCCAAAAAUACUCGGCGGAACAGGGGAUUAGGUUCUGGCAGCACAGCUGGGAUUUUGGCGGCCAUUCCACAGUCGACAAUAGCACGCAGACACCCGGACGGGACAGCGCAGGCCUGCGCUCCAGGGCCAGAAUCUGCCUGGCCUUCUUGUUUGGGUGGCCGAGGGGGAGGAGCGGGCACGGCGCUGCAUCCUGGCCUUGCCACGCAGAAGGGUUCUAGGUGCGUUGGGGUGACUGUGUGGUUUCACCAAGAUGACACUCCACGCCACACGGGCGGCUGCACUCCUCUCUUGGGUGAAUAGUCUGCGUGUGGCUGACCCAGUGGAGACCGUGCCGCAGCUCCAGGACUGCAGCAUCUUCAUCAAGAUCAUUGACAGCAUCCGUGGCACUGAAGAGGGGCAGCAAAUCCUGCAGCAGCCGGUACCAGAGAGACUGGAUUUUGUGUGCAAUUUCCUACAGAAAAAUCGAAAACACCCCACUUUCCCAGAAUGCCUUGUGUCCAUGCAGAAGGUGAUGGAGGGGUCAGAGCUGGAACUGGCCAAGAUAAUCAUGCUGCUCUUAUAUCACUCUUCCAUGAGCUCCCAAAACCUCCGGGACUGGGAACAGUUUGAAUAUAGGAUUCAGGCCGAGUUAGCUGUCAUCCUUAAGUUUAUGCUGGACCACGAGGACGGGCUGAACCUUACUGAGGACCUCGAGAUCUUCUUGCAGAAAGUUCCUGUCUCUUCCACCUGUUCCAGUACCUUCUCUGAAGAGCUGUCCCCACCCAGCCACCAGGCCAAGAGGGAGGUUCGCUUCCUAGAGCUACAGAAGGUUGCUUCCUCUUCCAGUGGAAACAAUGCUGCUCUACAGAGGCAAGGAGAAUAUGUACCCCCCUCCUCCACGCCCAGCAAAGAAAUUAAGGCAUGGAGAAGGGAGAAGGAGUUUUCUCCAGGUCCUGUCAUGAGGCACGAGAUAGCACUGCAGACAGAACCCAGCUUCCUCUUAGGUUCUCCAGCCUCUCCCAUGGGUGACAUCCUGCAGACCCCACAGUUCCAGAUGAGACGACUGAAGAAGCAGCUUGCAGAUGAGAGAAACAAUAGAGAUGAGCUGGAGCUGGAGCUGGCUGAGCACCGCAAGCUCCUCACCGAGAAGGAUGCCCAGAUAUCCAUGAUGCAGCAGCGCAUUGACCGCCUUGCUCUGCUGAACGAGAAGCAGGCAGCCAGUCCUCUGGAGCCCAGGGAGCUUGAGGAGCUUCGAGGCAAGAAUGAGAGCCUCACCUUGCGGCUGCAUGAGACUCUGAAGCAGUGCCAGGACCUGAAGACGGAGAAGGGCCAGAUGGACCGCAAGAUCAACCAGCUUUCUGAAGAGAAUGGGGACCUGUCCUUUAAGUUGCGGGAGUUUGCCAGUAACCUGCAACAACUCCAGGGUGCCCUCAAUGAACUGACCGAGGAGCACAGCAAGGCCACUCGGGAGUGGGUGGAAAAGCAGGCCCAUCUGGAGAAGGAGCUCAGCACAGCCCUGCAGGACAAGAAAUGCCUUGAAGAGAAGAAUGAGAUUCUUCAGGGAAAACUUUCACAGCUGGAAGACCGUCUGGCCCAGCUGGAGAGCCCGCUCCAGGAGAAGGGCGAGGUGCUGGGUGAUGUCUUGCAGUUGGAAAACCUGAAGCAAGAGGCAGCCACUCUUGCUACAAAUAACACACAGCUCCAAGCCAGGGUGGAAAUGCUGGAGAGUGAGCAGGGUCAGAAGGAAGCCCAUCUGCUGGCUGAGCGGAGCCGCUUUGAAGAAGAAAAGCAGCAGCUGGCCAGCCUGAUCACCGACCUACAGAGCUCCAUCUCCAACCUCAGCCAGGCCAAGGAGGAGCUGGAGCAGGCCUCUCAGGCUCAAGGCACCAAGCUGAAUGCCCAGGUGGCCUCUCUGACAGCAGAGCUCAGCACCCUCAAUGCCACCCUCCAGCAGCGGGAUAAAGAACUGGCUGGCCUGAAGCAGCAGGCCCAAAAGGAGCAGGCCCAGCUAGCACAGACCCUCCAGCAGCAAGAACAGGCCUCUCAGGGCCUCCGCCACCAGGUGGAGCAGCUGAGCAGCAGCCUGAAGCAGACGGAGCAGCGGUUGGAGGGGGCAGCCAGGGAGCUGGAGGCCAGCAGGCGGGACCACACCCAGCAACUGGCCACUGCUGCCAAGGCACAGGAAGCCUCCUUGCAGGAGCGGGAUGCAGCUCGCCAGCAGCUGGAGGCAUUGGAGAAGGAGAAGGCUGCGAGGCUGGAGAUUCUGCAGCAGCAACUUCGGGCUGCUAAUGCAGCCCAGGACAGUGCCCGCAACUCGGUGACCCAGGCCCAGCAGGAGAAAGCAGAGCUGAGCCGAAAGGUGGAGGAGCUCCAUGCCCGUGUUGAGGCGGCCCGUCAGGAGCAGCGCGAUGCCCAGACUCAGGUGGCAGCACUGGAGGCCCGGCUGAAGGCUGAGCAGCAAAAAGCAACUGAGCGAGAAAGGGUGGCCCAGGAGAAGGCCCAGCUUCAGGAGCAGCUCCAGUCCCUUGAGGAAUCCUUGAAGAUCACUAAGGGCAGCCUGGAAGAGGAGAAAUCCAGAGCUGCAGCUGCCCUGGAAGAGCAGCAGCGCCGUAUCUCUGAAAUGGAGGCACAGUCCCAAAGCCUUGCAGAACAGCAUAAGCAGGAACGGAAGGAGCUAGAAGAAGAGAAGGCUAAACGCAGGGGGCUGGGUGUGCAGUUACAGCAGCUUGCAGAGACCCAUCAGGCAGAGACUAAAGCCCUUCGGCAGGAGCUGGCAAAGGCCAGAACCUCCAACAACAUGGCUGAGCGUGAGGUUGAGCUGCUCGUCAAGGAAGUUAAAAACUGGCGGAAGCGAUACGAAGAUAGCCAACAAGGGGAGACCCAGUAUGGCCUCCAGGAACAGCUGAUGACCCUGAAGGAAGACUAUGAGAAGUCCCGCCAGGAGCUGCGGGAGACAAAGGAGAAGAUGGCAGGGAUGGAGGCCCACAGUGAGGUCCAGAUAGGCCAGCAGCAGAGUGAGCUAGCCCAGCUCCACGCAAGCCUGGCUAGAGCCCUCCAGCAGGUCCAGGAGAAAGAGAACAGGGCUCAGAAGCUGGCAGAUGACCUCUCCACCCUGCAGGAGAAGAUGGCUGCCACCAGCAAGGAAGUGGCCCGUCUGGAGGCCUUGGUGCGCAAGGCCGGUGAGCAGCAGGAGACGGCCUCUCUCGACCUGAUCAAGGAGCCUCCGAAGACCAGAGACAGAGCGUCUGAGUGGCCGGAAGAGCAGCAGGGACAGCAGCUGUGCAGCACACAGGCAGCACUGCGGGCCAUGGAGCGGGAGGCAGAACAAAUGGGCACUGAGCUGGAGAAGCUGCGGGCAGCCCUGAUGGAGAGCCAGGGCCAGCAGCAGGAGGAACGUGGGCAGCAGGAGAGGGAGGUGGCACGGCUGACCCAGGAGCGGGGCCAGGCCCAAGCUGACCUUGCCCUGGAGAAGGCGGCCAAAGCGGAGCUUGAGAUGAGGCUGCAGAAUGCUCUCAAUGAACAGCGAGUGGAGUUUGCUAACCUGCAAGAGGUACUGUCCCAUGCCCUGACAGAAAAGGAGGGCAAAGACCAGGAGCUGAGUAAACUUCGUGAACAGGAGGCUGUCCAGAGAACGGAGCUGAAGAAGCUUCAGCAGACUGUGGAACAGCUAAAGGCACAGGCCAAGAAGGAAAAGGAGCUCCGGCAAUCUGCAGGGGAGACUGGUGGAGAGUAUGCUUCAGGCACAGGAACCCCGUCUGAAGUUGUUGGAAAGACGGAGGCACCAGGCUCCAAGCUGGAGGCCCUGCGGGCAGAGAUGAGCGAGCUGGAACAGCAGUGCCGGCAGUGGCAGGAGCAGGCUGACAGCCUGGCGCGCGGUCUGGAGUCGGAGCGUGCCUCCCGUGUGGAGCAGGACAGGGCCUUGGAGACUUUGCAGGGCCAGUUAGAGGAGAAGGCCCGGGAGCUGGGGCACAGUCGGGCUGCCUCAGCUUCAGCCCAGAGAGAGUUGGCCACCCUCCGUGCCAAGGCCCAAGACCACAGCAAGGCUGAGGAGGAGUGGAAAGCUCAGGUGGCCCGGGGCCAGCAGGAGGCUGAGAGGAAAGGCAGCCUCAUUAGCAGCUUGGAGGAAGAAGUAUCCAUCCUGAACCGCCAGGUCCUGGAGAAGGAGGGCGAGAGCAAGGAGUUGAAGAGGCUGGUUAUAGCCGAGUCAGAGAAGAGCCAGAAGCUGGAAGAGAGGCUGCGUUUGCUCCAGCUGGAGACGGCCAGCAAUAGUGCCAGAGCUGCAGAACGCAGCUCUGCUCUUCGUGAGGAGGUGCAGAGUCUCCGGGAGGAGGUAGAGAAACAGCGCACAGCUUCAGAGAACCUGCGGCAGGAGCUGGCCUCGCAAGCAGAGCGAGCCGAGGAGCUGGGCCAAGAAUUGAAGGCAUGGCAAGAGAAGUUUUUCCAGAAGGAACAGGCCCUCUCUGCGCUGCAGCUGGAGCACACCAGCACACAGACCCUGGUGAGUGAGCUGCUGCCCGCCAAGCAUCUCUGCCAGCAGCUACAGGCUGAGCAGGCGGCUGCUGAGAAGCGCCACAGGGAGGAGCUGGAACAGAGCAAGCAGGCAGCUGGUGGGCUGCGGGCGGAGCUGAUGCGGGCCCAGCGGGAGCUUGGGGAGCUGCUGCCCCUGCGGCAGAAGGUGGCAGAGCAGGAGCGAGCAGCGCAGCAGCUGCGGGCAGAGAAGGCCAGCUAUGCAGAACAGCUGAGCAUGCUGAAGAAGGCUCAUGGCCUGCUGGCUGAGGAGAACCGGGGGCUUGGGGAGCGUGCCAGCCUUGGCCGGCAGUUUCUGGAGGUGGAGCUGGACCAGGCCCGGGAGAAGUACGUCCAAGAGUUGGCAGCUGUGCGCGCUGAUGCUGAGGCCCGCCUGGCUGAGAUGCGGCAGGAAGCGCAGAGCACUACCCGCGAGCUGGAAGUGAUGACUGCCAAGUACGAGGGUGCCAAGGGGAAGGUCCUGGAGGAGAGGCAGCGGUUCCAGGAAGAGAGGCAGAAACUCACUGCCCAGGUGGAGCAGCUAGAGGUAUUUCAGAGAGAACAGACUAAGCAGGUGGAAGAGCUGAGUAAGAAGCUGGCUGACUAUGACCAAGCCAGCAAGGUGCAGCAGCAAAAGCUGAAGGCUUUCCAGGCCCAGGGGGGUGAGAGCCAGCAGGAGGCACAGCGCCUCCAGACCCAGCUGAAUGAGCUGCAGACGCAGUUGAGCCAGAAGGAGCAGGCAGCUGAGCACUACAAGCUGCAGAUGGAGAAAGCCAAGACCCAUUAUGAUGCCAAAAAGCAGCAGAACCAAGAAUUGCAGGAGCAGCUGCGGGGCCUGGAGCAGCUGCAGAAGGAGAACAAGGAGCUGCAGGCUGAAGCUGAACGGCUGGGCCGGGAGCUGCAGCAGGCUGGGCUGAAGACCAAGGAGGCUGAGCAGACCUGCCGCCACCUCACUGCCCAGGUGCGAAGCCUGGAGGCACAGGUGGCCCAUGCAGACCAGCAGCUUCGAGAGCUGGGUAAAUUCCAGGUGGCCUCUGACGCCUUAAAGAGCCGCGAACCCCAGGCUAAACCCCAGCUGGACUUGAGUAUCGACAGCCUUGAUCUGAGCUGUGAGGAGGGGACCCCACUCAGCAUCACCAGCAAGCUGCCUCGUACCCAGCCAGAUGGCACCAGCAUCCCCGGAGAGCCAGCCUCACCCAUCUCCCAGCACCUGCCCCCCAAGGUAGAAUCCUUGGAGAGUCUCUACUUCACCCCCAUCCCUGCUCGGGGCCAGGCCCCACUGGAGAGCAGCCUGGACUCCCUGGGGGAAGCCUUCCUGGACUCGGGCCGUAAAACGCGAUCCGCUCGCAGGCGUACUACGCAAAUCAUCAACAUCACCAUGACCAAGAAGCUCGAUGUGGAGGAGCCAGAUAGCGCCAAUUCAUCUUUCUACAGCACGCAGUCUGCCCCCGCUCCUCAGGCCGGCCUGCGAGCCACCUCCUCUACUCAGUCUCUAGCCCGCCUGGGCUCUCCCGAUGAUGGCAACUCGGCUCUGCUCAGCCUACCCGGCUACCGGCCCACCACUCGCAGCUCUACUCGCCGCUCCCAGGCUGGGGUGUCCAGUGGAGCCCCACCAGGAAGGAACAGCUUCUACAUGGGCGCUUGCCAGGAUGAGCCUGAGCAGCUGGACGACUGGAACCGGAUUGCAGAGCUGCAGCAGCGCAACCGAGUAUGCCCCCCACACUUGAAGACCUGCUAUCCCCUGGAGUCCAGGCCCUCCCUUGGCCUGGCCACCAUCACAGAUGAGGAGAUGAAAACCGGAGACCCUCAGGAGACCCUGCGCCGAGCCAGCAUACAGCCGGCCCAGAUCGCUGAGGGUGUUGGUAUCAUCACCCGGCAGCAGCGUAAACGAGUGUCCUCGGAGACCCACCAGGGUCCUGGCACCCCUGAGUCUAAGAAGGCUACCAGCUGUUUCCCACGCCCUAUAACUCCCCGGGACCGACAUGAAGGGCGCAAACAGAGCACUACUGAGACCCAGAAGAAAGCAGCUUCAGCCAUUCUUAAGCAGGCUGAUCGGCGCCAGUCAAUGGCUUUCAGCAUCCUCAACACACCUAAGAAGCUGGGGAGUAGUCUUCUUCGGCGAGGGGCCGCAAAGAAGGCCCCAGCCAAGGCCUCCCCCAACACCCGCAGUGGAACUCGCCGCUCUCCGCGCAUUGCCACCUCCAUGGCCAGUGCCACCAUUGCCACUCCUCGGGCCAAGGGCAAGGCAAAGCACUAAGGGCCAGUACCAGUGAGUGGCCCCACCUGUGUUCCCAAUGCUGCCCUCGCCUGGUCCCUUUCCUUCUGUCCCUCUCAGUGCCUUCUCAGCUCCCAGGCCAAUGGUGGCCAAACCCCUAGAGACAGUGAUGCCUCCCCACACCCUGGCCUGGUACCUGGGCCUUCAGUGGUGCCUUCUCUGGCACAUUCCCAGAGCUGGCUCAGGAGGCUUGGGAAUUGGGACAGUAUGGCACCCUCUCCCCACCUUGCCUCCUGAUCUUAUCUUGGAGCUAAGUCAUUUCUCCAUCAUAACCAGAUUUGAGGCUGGCUAUGAGUGACUGGAUCCUUGAGCCCAGCCAGUCUUCCUCUCAGCCUCUGGAUCUAGAAGGGACCACUGGAGGAGCAGGCUCUGUUUCCUACAGCUGGUGGCUCAGCCUAGCAGAGGCCCUUGCUCUUGCAGCCCAGGAUUGGGCAUGACCUGGUGUGAGCCCCUGUCCCACCUGCUCCCUUCCACCCAAGGGCACAGCUGCCCAGAUGGCAGCACAGAUGGCUCCUGGAUCUCUGGGACAGGAGGGGCAGCCUUCAAUAGCAGCUCAUACCCCACCUUCCCCAGAACUGCACUCGGGUGGGAUUUGGAGUAAUGGGAAGGUUUUUACGGACUGGGGAUGGAUCUUUUCUAAAAUGUUAUUACUUGUAAAUAAAGUCUAUUUUUCUCCCUGGA